CAUUCCAACUCCACGACUUCAAGUUCUAUGUUGUGGAGUAAUGAGUAUUUCAUUAAUCGUUUGUGGUAUUUACUAAAAAUUAUCUGUGUUCUAUAUUCAUUUUUCAUGUUUAAAAAAUUGCUGCUACUGUUACUGCCAGAAAUUCUAAACCGUCCUAAAUAUAAUUUUUGUAGGCCAUGUUUUUCGACGAUGAAGAUGAAGCAUAUUUCAAUCCAGAACUGUUUAACGUUGUCCGGCGAGAACUUUUUGCGAUUAGUUCAAAUCUAAGUUUGACACACUUUGGAUUAAGGACGACAAUCCCUACGCACACUGAAGACGGGAUUCCCAUCAGGAAGCUGUAUGUUUCUAACUUGCCACCUAAGACAACUAGAGCAGAGCUGUUUGGUGUGUUUGCUCAAUACGGGUUCAUAAAGAGCUGCUGGCUGCGGAUGGGGGACAGGGGCCCCUACAGGCCAUCAGUACCUACUUACGCCUUUGUCACAUUUAGUAAUCCAGCUGACGCUCACAAAGCUCUCCUAGCACCAACACACGAAAAAAUGUUAAGAGGUCGAAGUCUCAAGAUAUCACCAGCCGACAGUUGGCAUCAGCCAUCUGAAGACCCCAACGGCGUUAUCAACUGGAACCCGCAGCAGGUGUAUCUCAGGGAUGGUAGCAGCAACAUGCCCAAUUGUGGUUCAACACAGGAGAUUGGUAACAAUGAAGAAGAAUUGCCAGUAACUGUUGUAGCGGAAAACAAUGAUAAAGAAGAAGAAGCAAUCAAUGAUGUAAAUGAGGAGGACAACGAACCAUACAAUAUGCUGGAUAUACUGAACAUGGAUUGUUUGUCACACAUUCUUUCGUACGUUUCUAUUCGAGAUCUUAUCAGAUCUGAAAGAGUUAGCAAAAGAUGGCAGAAUAUGAUUCAAGAAUACCUACAGAGCAUCCGCAUGUUCAAGACGUCGUGGUGGCAGCACGUGCCGGUGACGCUGACGACGGCGGUGCUGCGGCGCGUGCUGCUGCGGCUGGGCGAGUCGCUGCUGCGCCUGCACAUCGACCACCACUGGUCGGCGCUCAACGACCGCACCGCGCACACGGUGGGCAAGUUCUGCCCCAACCUCGAGGAGUUGAAGGUGGUUGGGAUGCACACAAAAAAUUGGAAUCCAUUAAUAUACGGAUGCAGGAACCUCAAAAGUCUUACAUUUGUCUCGUGUAACAAGGUAACAGAUUCAAGUCUAGUCCAUCUUGUGAAAAAAGAUUCCUGCAUAGAAAAUCUCACUGUUGCCAACAAUACACAUGUCACCGGACUAUUUCUAACUGGUUCAAAUCCACCGAAACUCUCCUCAUUAGAAUUCUACAACUGCUACAGUCUUCAAGGCACAGUGUUGAGUGCAGCAUUGGACAGUCUACAAAGUCUAACUACACUGAAAUUGGACGUCUGUCCGGUCACAAUGUGGAAAAUGAUACCGUUGAUACUCAGCAAGUUGUCAAAACUCCAAGAGUUGUCGCUCAGUGAGUACACAUCGGUGGACACUAGCCACAUGCCUGCGGGGAACGACGCCUUGUGUAAAUCUAUAGCGAAACUCACAGAGUUGAAGAUUUUGAAUUUGAGCAGAAACAUUUAUAUUUCUAAUUCAGUGUUGAAGACAGUAGCUCAGUCGUGCACGCUGUUGGAAUCACUGAAUGUGUCAGGGUGCAAUUCGAAGAAAAGUUUUCCACAUCCUGGUGUAGGCGACGACGCCGUGUCGGCGGUGUGCGCGGGCUGCACGUCGCUGACGUCUCUCGACGUGUCGUACCUAUCGGCGCUGAGCGACACGGGACUGAGCGCCGCAGCGCGACUGUCGCGUCUGGUCAAACUGACGGCGCGCGGCAACUCGAACCUCUCCGCCACGCCCUUUAGCGCCGUGCUAGCGUCGUGUCAUCAUCUCGAGGAAAUAGACGCGUGCGGUUGCGACAACGUGUCGGGCGAAGUGAUAGUCGCCGCGACAGACGCGCUGCGAACGCGACCGCGGCCCGUCGCGCUGUACCUCGCCGGCACCGCCGCCGCGCUCGUCGACAGUCCACAGGAGUACGACAGCCACAAGCUGCUGGCCGUGAACCUGGAGGAGGACCGCAGCAACCCGCACCUGCGCGCGGACUUCGUGGACCGGCUGUUCGAGGAGAGCUCGGACGGCUCCUACGACGACAUCUACGACCACGACAGCGACGAGUUCCUCGACCAAGAUGAUGACAUGUUCUUCGAUGACGACGACGACGAGGAUGAUGAUGAUGAUUUGGAAGAUUAUGAAGACAUGCUACAGUAUCACGGACAUAACAUACUUCUGCUUUAAUAUACUAUUAAUACUGUACUAUAAUUAUACUACUACUACUGCUAACCAGUUAGAAUCUCCCAGUUUAUCUACUAAGGGAUGCAUCAUUUACUCUGUGUAUUUAGAUUUUUGUUUGUUUGCUUUUACAGUAUAAUUGUUUCUCGAAAUUGUUUGUUCAAGAUUUGAUAGUUGAGUAGUUGAGAUGCAGGAGUGAAUGAAUGGAUCACAAGGUCCAGGGUUCGAGGUCCUAGACAUCAUUUUAGAAGCUGUUGGUCCUCAGAUCAAGUUGCACUAAAAUAUAUCUACAUAAAUGAUUACAGAAAUUCGUUCUUAAGUCGGAGGAUUAAUUCCAGCCAGUAAAAUGACAAGUGCAACUGUCACUGAAAUGUCAUUUUACUGACCAAGUGCAACUGUCACUGAAAUGACAUUUACUGACCAAGUGCAACUGUCACUGAAAUGUCAUUUUACUGCAAGUGUAACUUUCAUUGAAAUGUCAUAUUACUAGUCAGUUAAAUGACAAGAAAUGUCAUUUUACUGACCAAGUGCAACUGUCACUGAAAUGUCAUUUUACUGACUAAGUGCAACUGUCACUGAAAUGUCAUAUACUAGUCAGUAAAAUGACAAGUGCCAGUAAAAUGACAAGAAAUGUCAUUUUACUGACCAAGUGCAACUGUCACUGAAAUGUCAUUUUACUGCAAGUGUAACUUUCAUUGAAAUGUCAUAUACUAGUCAGUAAAAUGACAAGUGCCAGUAAAAUGACAAGAAAUGACAAGAAAUGUCAUUUUACUGACUGGAAUUAAUAAUCAUACUAUACAUAAUAUUUUUGUUUGUUGUAGUUUUUUUGUGAGCAAGUUAUUUGUUGUUGUGUAUGUAUAUUUGUAAUGUUUGAUUGCUAAGCUACAAUUUUAGUGAUUACUUGAAAAUUGUCAAAAAGGAAUGGUUCAUUUCAUGCCAGGUCUGUGUAUCAUAAAUAAGACUGGGAUUUUAUUCAAAAUAAUAUAAUGAGUGAUUAAGUUUAACUAAAUAACAUGCAGAAUAUAAUAAUGCACUCCCUAUUUUUUUGAGAUAUCACAAAUCUUUUGUCAAAUGUCAUUUUUGACAAGUGACGAGUCUAAUAUGUUUCAGCUAAAAUAUAACUUAUCAUUUUAGAGUGUUAUCAAUCUGCUUAAUCUAAAUUUAGAAUUUAUUGAAUGGAUCAUUCAAGGCCAGUGACGUGCACGUCAUAUAUGCACAGACGCAAUGGAUAGCCUGAAGAAAAUUUCUCCUCUAAUACACUCCUCCUCUAACCUGUAUUAGAGGAGGAAUUUUCCAUUUUGUACAAUUUGUACCUGUAGUGCAUACCCUAGUUACAAACCUUGUGCAGUAACCUGUUCAUAGCAAUUAUUAACAAACGUCAAAACAACAUCUAUCUGCCAUUAUUAUAGGUAUUAGUAGUGCAUUUCUUGGGGAAGAUGUAUAUUUUCUGUGAAUUAAAAGUAAAUUCUUAGAUUUGAAUUCAAAAUACUUUAAUAUUUAUUUAAAUUUCUGUACAAUGACCAGGCCUAGGCUUCAUUAAACAUUGGACCAUUUCCUUUCAUUGAUUAUUUUUUUUUAUUACAGUUAAUAAAUAUUUAAAUACACAUAUUUUUUAUCAUAAGCUACUAAGCAGUACAAGUUAAAAAAAACUCCAGAAAGAAGUGAAGCGACUUCACAACAUAUUAUAUUGUAACUAGUUUGUUUAGUGAUUUGUUAUUUACUUUAAUAUACAUGAAAAAAAGUCUGAAAUAUUGUGAUAGAAUGUAAAUUGUUGAUGUAUCUUUUUUUUUUUCGUAACCGGUAUUAUUUUGUAUGAUAAUAAAUGUAUGUUGUAAAUUGUUAAUGCAGACUGCACAUUAUAAUUUACUACGAAUGGAAUAUUUGUUGUGAUGUGCGAUCACCUUUAAACUAUACUCGGUUCAGGCAUUUAUUUUUUUUUAGACAGAUUGGAGAGAGUUAUAUUUAAACUUGUUACCAGUUUGAUAUAACAAUCUACUUAUCAUAUUAAGAUUUUAUUAAUAAUUUAAAAAAAAACAAUGUUAUUCAUGUUUUUGCUGAACAGCACUUUUAUGAUUUUGUAAACAUACUUGGCAUUGGUCACUGUACUACAUACAUAUCUACACUAAUAUUAAAAAGGGAAAAGAUUUUUCUGUUUGUUUGUUUGUAGCGAAACUACUGGAUUGAUUUUUAUUUUUUCUAUAAAAUAUUGUAUUUUUUAUUUAUGCCUUAUGUACCUAAAAUAAAUGCUUGGGCUAAGUAUUUGCAAUAUUACGGUUAUAUAUUGCACAUCUGCAUUAGAAAGACUGCGAAGCUAUAGUUAUUGUCUCAUAGAAUAGGCUAGUUGACACUUUUAUUUAAUGGUCUUUAAUUUAAAAAAAUACGUGAUAUUUAAAUUAAGUUUUAAAAGAAAUCCUUAACUUUUAUUAAUUAAUAUUUUUUUGCUGGUGGGAGGCUUCGGCCGUGGCUAGUUACCACCCUACCGACAAAGACGUACCGCCAAGCGAUUUAGUGUUCCGGUACGAUGUCGUGUAGAAACCGAAAGGAGUGUGGAUUUUCAUCCUCCUCCUAACAAUUUAGUCCGCUUCCAUCUUAGAUUACAUCAUCACUUACCAUCAGGUGAGAUUGUAGUCAAGGGCUAACUUGUAAAGAAUAGAAAAAAAAAAAUAUUGAUAUAUUUCCGACCCUUAUUCCAUGUAUCACACGAAAUUAAUAUUGUUUAUAUUAAAUUUGAUAUGAGUCAACUACCCUAUUCAGUCGUGGUAUUUUGUUCAUGCCUCAAGCAUUAUAUUUAUUGUAUAUACUUGAUCAAAUAUAUAAUACACCCAAUAAGAUAGUUAAAUAGUUAAUAUUGACAAUAGACGGGCCACUUGUAAUGCUGUGACAGUAUAUAAUAUAAAAUUAUUAAUGUAAUAAAAUGUAUAAAUAACACUAUUGUUGUUACACACAUAUGAAAAUCGGCCAUUUCAUCCAAAUAUGCAUAGUUGUAUUUCACUAGACAGUAGGCAAUAUGUUUGUUUUUAUAUAUAUAUAAUGUGUGUUUCCGAGGGUUUUCUGUAUAUACAACAGUUAAGAGAGUUAAUUUGGUGCAGAAACAAAUAAACUGAUAGUUACAUUUGAUAGAACAUAGAGGUGAUAUUUUUAUAUUGUUUCUAAAUGGACUAAAGUGCCUGUGUGGGUCAGACCUUUGUCAUUUUAUAAAACCUGAAAGUUUGUCAGCACAAGCUUCUACCAUAGCUAAGUAAUUAUUGUGAUUAAUUAUUAUUAUUAUUAUUAUCUACGGUAGGCAACUACGGAGUUGAGCAUGGUGUACCUUUAGAAGGUAGGAAUUCGCCAAUUCACUAACUUUGACUAUGAUAGUGGAUGUAAAAUACGAAAUUUAUCAACUAGAUAUUAGCAUGAUUUCUUUGAAGUUGUUUAAUUUUUUUCUUGAAAAUUCUUUAUUUAAAGCUAACUGAUCAAAACAGAUUAUAGGUAAAAAAUGUCAUCCGGUACCGAUAGAUGACAUUUUCCAGUUGACAUUGACUUUUGGGAGCAAUGGGCUUUACAGAAUAUGAAAUGUGGUGUUUAUUUGACUUGAUGUUUAUUUUAAUAAGUGGUUAAUCAAGACCAAUUAGUGGAUAGGCCAUUAGGUUGUUCCAAAAUCAAACACCAAUCAAUUUAGUUUUAUCAUACAUACCGGUAUUAGGACAAUGUACUGAGGAACUUUCGGCUUUUAUAAAAUGACGCAGGUCUGGCCAUCAUAGCUCUCCAAUCUGAAAUUAGUACAGUUGAAGGCAAACUAUUUAAAUUAGGUAUGGUGUAUUGCAUAUUUUUGCCAUUUUAUAUUACUUGAGACUUACAAAUUGUAUAAACUUUUAAUACCUACAUAAUAAUCAACAAGAUUAUUUUUUUUUAGCAGGAACUGAGUUUUGUUUCAAUGUCAAUAAUUUCAUUAAUAUUAUAUUUUUGUAACUCUUUCUCUAUUAUAGCGGAUGUGAUAAAGUUUGUUUUAGAUGUAUAAUAAUUCAUAAUAAUGUUUUUAUUAGCAACCAACAAGCACAAAGCGAAGAUUAUUUUAGAAAAAUUAAACACCAUUUUACAACCAUGAUUGAUUAAUAUUAUUUAUAUUUUUUUUUCUUUUUUGCUGAUAUUGUUAAUUGUUUAUAAUGUUUAGUUUAAAUAAAUUGUAAGCUUUGUGCUCAUUUAUUUUUGGAUGAAAGUCACAAUAUGUUGAUUUGUUGGACUCAAUCCUGCUCCUGAAAAGAGUUUUUAUUUUUCAAUAUGUUUAAAUUUCAAUCAAUUUAAAAUAGCAUGUUUAUGUUGAGUGAUAUUUGAAGAGUAUUUUUGUGGUUCUUAGUGAGGUAAUGUUUUUAGAUUUGCAUUUUAGGAUAAACCUUGUGCAUGAAUAUAGAUAUGUUUUGUGAGAAGUUCUUAGUUUUUAUACCUUAUUUGUUUUAAUAUCAUUAGUGAAAAAAAAUACAAUCAUUUUCUUCUAGAA